GGCCCUUUUUUUUUCUUCGCACCAGCCCCCCAAAAUUUCAGCUCCUUGGAUCGGAGGCUUCAAUUGGUCAAGCAGGAGAAGAUGGCAGCGGUCUCUACGCGGCGGCAAUGGACGGCGGCAGCUCAAAGUUUGGAUGGCGGUGACGGCUCGCAGCUGCGAUCUCGACGAACGGUUCCUGACGGCGGAGACGAUCUGAUCUGACGGCGGCGGCGCAAUCUGAAACGGCUUCUCAACCUGGCGGCGGCGCAAUCUGAAACGGCUUCUCAACCUGGCGGCGGCUCUGCGGCUGGACUGCCUUCUGCACGGCCUCGCAAUCCAAGAGGUCGACAACGGCGCUAUAAGGGAUGCAGCGGCGGCUCGCUAAUGGUGGCGAACACCUGUGCAGAUCUCCCCCGAACUAACGGCUUCUCCUCUGCUGCACAACUCCGAACCAGCGGCUGUGGUUCACUCUUCAGAUCCGGUUGCGGCCCUUCACAACAGCGACGGCUCUUCAACGCGGCGGCGCGAUCUGAACGGCGGGGUGACGGUGGCAGCAACUCCUUCGCUUGCUGCGGUCCCCCUCGAACCAGCAACGGCGGCGGUCUGGUUCUGCUCGAUUGAAGGCGGCAGCGGUGAGUCUCACGGGACUUACUUCCUGCUGCGGCUCUCCGAUUCAAGCGCGGUAGUGCUCCGUGGGAAUCAACGGGGAUGGUGGUGCUCCGGCGGCAGCGGCCCUCACUCCGGCUCGUGCUGCUGCACACAGUUCUUCUCCAAAGAACCCAGGUGACACUCCUCUGAUUAGUUUCUGCUGAUCGGAUUUUCGGUGUCUUAACGAACCAACGCUCCGAUACCACUUGUUGGGAAUAAACGCACGCGGAAACAACACACAAUCACGAAUCAACUGCAGAAAAAUAAAUGACACAAGAUUUAACGUGGUUCGGCCGCCAACUGCAACCUACGUCCACACGGGGCAACUAGGAGGAUUUUAUUAUUUUUGUUGCACACCAUUACAAGCACGUUAGCAUCUCUUAAAUAGAGAUUAGUUAGGGAGACAAUGAUUAAGCCGUAAGCUUUUAGGUAGCUUCCUGCCAAUUUCCUGUUAGCUUCCACCUAGCUUCCUGGCUUCACACUCAACACAGAACUCAUAUCAUUUCCUCCGGAUUUCAUCAAAGUCCAUAUCAUAUCAAUCAUGUUUUCCUCACCAAAUGGGUUCUUAUUUAGUAACCCAUUUCUCCAUUCUUUUUAAGAACACACAUCAACGCAUGCCAUUUCUUUUUCCGGGACUGGGGGAGUAUGUACACUUUUGUAUUCAAUCAAUGUUUUUUUGCUUUGGUUUUUGCAGGCAUGGUCAAUGUGGAAUAAAGGGGCAGCGUUGGAACUCAUUGAUCCCACAAUGCCAUUGGCUGGUUCAACCAGCGACGUAACGAGGUGCAUCCAUAUUGCAUUGUUGUGUGUGCAAGAAAACGCGGAGAACAGACCGACCAUGGCUUCGGUUGUUCUCAUGCUCAGCAGCAGCUCCCUCGCCCUCUCAAGACCGGCAAGGCCGGCGUACACCCUUCACUCCACGACCCAUCAAUAUUCGUCAUUGUCUCCGUUGUCUUCUUCACAUAUUUCUCGCUCUGCUUCUUCCAAAGGUAGAGGCCAGGAUGAUGACAAGCAGAGUUCUAGGAAUCAAGUUUCUAUAUCAGAGUUUGAACCUAGAUAGUUUGGUUUUUA